AUGUGGAUAAUGAUGUCGAAGCAGUCCUCCGCUUCGUCGCCUUCGUCGAAUGUGCGUGGUGGCUUCGUCGUCGAAGGUCAACCGUCGAACCAUCACCACCACAACCAUCACCAGCAGCAACAGGAGGACCUCGAUGCGAUUGCGAAGCAAAUUUCCGAUCACGCCGAAGCGAUCUAUCAGACAUGGAAAGCUCGUGGCCUAGCGCCAACUGAAAUCCUCAACUGCCAACUGCCGACGACGGACGGUGAGAAUGCUUUCAGCAAAGCCUUGAGUCCUACCGGUACUACUACCUCUUCCGCAUCGCCGUCGUCGUCGUCGCCGUCGUCAUCCGUGUUACCACUAACUUCCGGCAGCAGCGGUUCCGCCGCAUGUGGAAGCCCGAAAUCGUCCACCACUUCCGGGGUAGCCGAAUUGCUGGCGCAGGCUCCCGAGCUAUCGAACAACAGUCUCGAGCAGCUGGUUAGCUCGUUCGUGAACGAAGACAAAGCUCGAAUAGCGGCUCAGAAGCAGCGAUCCACCGGACGAACUCCAACGGCAGCAGGGUCCGCUAUCAAGAGUGUGCUUCAAAAGUUCGAACAGAACGGUGCGCAAAACCUGAGCACCUCCCCAGUCAAUAAACCCAACUACAACAUCCGACCCGGGUCUAGUGUAAAUAAAGUGAACAAUAACCUAAGUAGCUACAGCAGUAACAACAACAGCAACAACAACAGUAACAAUAAUAACAAUAAUCACAGUACGUUAAACAAGAAUAACGUGCCCGAUGUGCUAAAAGAUACGAUCGUCGAGAGACCUCGCGAGAAACCUCAAACUCCGGUCAAACCGGAGCAUCUGUUGAACCAUGUUCCUAGCUGGCCGCUGAAGAACCGCGUAGUGAAGGGUGCACCAGCAGGUCAGCAAGCCAAUUCCGACAAAGUCAACCAUCACCACAGUUCCAGCAGCAGCAGCAGCAGCAGCAGCAUCACCAAUAGCAACAGUGGCCUUAGCAGCAGCAUCGGUAAUCCCGGUUUUCGUGGAAAGAACAACUCCAUCCUGCUAGAAGAGGUAAUACGCGAAGAGGAACGUCUAAUUAACGCCCUUAAAACGGGAACCGUACUGAACAGUAGCGACAGUCUACUGCCGGAAGUGAUCACUUCGACGCUCACCGAUCGUGACGUUCCCGAUUACGGUUACAGUAGCGUUACGGCUCCCGUGAACAUGGUUACCACCACCAAUCUGAUGGCCAGCACCAACGCCAACACCAACGGUAUGAACGGCACUAACGGUACCAACGGUACCAACGGUACCGGCGCCGGCGCCGGUCCGGACGGGCCGAACAGCACGGCCGGUGUCAAGCACUGGAACGGUGUCCCGAUGAAACCGAACCACAUACCGAUCCUGAGCCUGCACCAGAUCCACGAGCAGCAGAAGCUGUCGACGAACUUCACGCGCAACGUUGCGACCACGAGACUGCCGAAGGACUUUGGCCGGCCGGCGGCGCCGGACGACAAGAAGGACUUCCAAGCGAAAACGAUUCCGAGCCCGAUCCGGCCGUUCCUGUCGCGCGGUUCGGUUGCCGAGCGGGUGCUGAUCUUCGAGAAGUGCCCGGAGAAGGCACCGCCCCGGGAGCGACCGAAGGAACCGGUUAAGGUGCAGUCCAAAGCUGUCAACAGACUAAUCCCGCCAAACAUUCAUACGACGCUUCAGCGGCACUUGAGGAACUCGACGAAAGCUCCCUACAUACCACAAUUCCAUUUCCCCAAUGGCAAACCACCGCCAUCAAUCACGACAGAGACAACAAUGCAACGACUGGAGCAGGUCUUCGAUAAUCUUCCCAACUACGAGUGCAGUCGGGACAAGUUCCACAUGAUUGUCACUAUGUGCCAAGUGCCACUGUACUGGCGAGUUCCGCUCUUCAUGUGCACCCCACUAACCUCCAGCGGCUGUGUGAACGGCGACAAGUUCAUCAGCUUCUGGCGACAAAUGACUUCCUUCUGUCACGAUCCACCAUCCCGCUUCGUGUACAUCAUGUCCCGGGGCGAUCGAACCCGGCCUUACAUUCUACCGGAGGAUUUCGCUCCACUAAUACAGGACGUGGUCGAUACGCAUCCGGGGCUGGCAUUCCUGAAGGAGGCGGCCGAGUUCCACUCGCGCUACGUGCACACCGUGAUAGCCCGAAUAUACUACAACGUCAACCGCAGCUGGACGGGGAAGAUUACGACUCCCGAACUGCGAAAGUCCAACCUGCUCGAGGUGAUGCAGCUGCUCGAGGAGGAGGAGGACAUCAACCAGAUUAUGGCGUACUUCAGCUACGAGCACUUCUACGUCAUUUACUGCAAAUUCUGGGAGCUGGAUCGGGAUCACGAUCUGUUUAUCGACCAGCAGGAUUUGGCUCGGCAUAACGAUCACGCGCUGUCGUCACGCAUGAUCGAACGCAUCUUCUCCGGCUGUGUGACGCGUGGGCCUCGAAGAAACAAUCCGAACCCGAUCGUGAUGGGGCCAAACGGGCCGAAAAUGUCGUAUACCGACUUUGUCUGGUUUCUGCUUGCCGAGGAGGACAAAACGCACCCGACGGCGAUCGAGUACUGGUUCCGCUGCAUGGACGUCGACGGCGACGGGAUGCUGUCGAUGUACGAGCUGGAGUACUUCUACGAGGAACAACAGCACCGGAUGGAAUCGCUCGGCAUUGAAACGCUACCCUUUGAAGACUGUUUGUGCCAGAUGCUGGAUAUGAUUAAACCUACCACACCCGGUUGCAUCACGCUUGCCGAUCUGAAACGUUGCAAGAUGACGCCCAUUUUCUUCGAUACGUUCUUUAAUCUGGAGAAGUACAUGGAGCACGAACAGCGGGAUCCAUUCGCGCAACGUGAUAAUGACGAUCUCUCGGACUGGGAUCGCUAUGCCGCCCAGGAGUACGAACUACUGGUCGCCGAGGAGGGAGGCGACACGCAAGGAUCAUAUGACGAGGAUGAUGAUUACGAGUCGAACAUUGACAUUUUAGAAACGCAGUUAGACGAUUGUUUGCUAAACGAAUGGUGAGAUACGGGGCCCGGCGGACCUCGGGGCCGCCACCAC